UCUGGGUUCAGAUGCAGAGACCACAGCACAUCUUCAGAAAGAAGGCAGAACUUGCAGAAACGACAUGAAAAACCUCUAACUACAAGCCAGUCAAGCAGAACAGAGCAGAGUCCUGAACCUCUGUAUUUUGAGGAUGAAGACGAAUUUCCAGAACUAAAUAGUGACAAUGGCAGCAGUAAAAGUGGUAACAUGCAGCAAAAGAUUUCACCCAAAGUAUUGGAUGACUUGCCAGAGAAUUCUCCAAUCAAUAUAGUCCAAACUCCAAUUCCCAUCACAACCUCUGUACCAAAGCGUGCAAAAAGUCAGAAGAAGAAGGCCUUGGCAGCAGCACUUGCAACAGCUCAAGAGUAUUCGGAGAUAAGCAUGGAACAGAAAAAACUUCAAGAGGCUUUAUCAAAAGCGGCUGGAAAGAAGAGCAAGACCCCUGUUCAGUUAGAUUUGGGGGACAUGUUAGCAGCUCUUGAAAAGCAGCAGCAAGCAAUGAAAGCUCGUCAGAUCACCAACACCAGGCCUCUCUCAUACACAGUUGGCAGUGCUGCUCCCUUUCAUACCAAAGAAUCCGCCAACAGAAAGUCCUUAACAAAAGGACAGCCGUCAAUGGGUUGCCUUAAUCCUUUGGAUUCGACUGCUCCAAAAGUGAAAAGAGGAAAAGAAAGGGAGAUUGCAAAACUGAAACGCCCUACAGCACUUAAAAAGAUCAUUUUGAAAGAGAGAGAAGAGAAGAAAGGCCGUUUGUCAGCUGAUCACAACCUGUUGGGAUCUGACGAGCAGAAAGAGGUUCAUAUAAAUGUGACUGCUGAUCAGUCUCAGGAGCUGGCCUCUCAAGAAGAAACUGGACUAAGCAUGACUAGUGAUACUUCGCUUUCACCGGCAAGUCAGAAUUCCCCGUACUGCAUGACCCCAGUGUCGCAGGGUUCACCUGCUAGUUCUGGAAUAGGCAGUCCAAUGGCGUCUUCCGCAAUAACCAAAAUUCACAGCAAGAGAUUCAGAGAAUACUGUAACCAAGUGCUAAGUAAAGAAAUAGAUGAGUGUGUGACUCUCCUAUUGCAAGAGCUUGUCAGCUUCCAGGAACGUAUUUAUCAAAAGGAUCCCAUGAGAGCCAAAGCAAGGAGAAGACUUGUUAUGGGGUUGCGUGAGGUUACUAAGCAUAUGAAACUAAAUAAGAUCAAGUGUGUAAUCAUAUCUCCCAACUGCGAGAAAAUCCAGUCAAAAGGUGGACUGGAUGAGGCUCUAUAUAAUGUAAUAGCCAUGGCACGGGAACAAGAAAUUCCUUUUGUCUUUGCUCUUGGCCGUAAAGCUCUUGGCCGUUGUGUGAACAAGCUGGUUCCUGUUAGUGUAGUGGGUAUCUUCAACUACUCUGGUGCUGAGGACCUAUUUAAUAAGCUGGUAUCACUCACUGAAGAGGCCAGAAAAGCAUACAGAGAUAUGGUUGCUGCAAUGGAACAGGAGCAGGCAGAAGAAGCCUUGAAGAAUGUCAAGAAGGCACCCCAUCAUAUGGGCCAUUCUCGUAACCCUUCUGCAGCAAGUGCUAUCUCAUUCUGUAGUGUUAUUUCUGAACCCAUAUCUGAAGUGAAUGAGAAAGAAUAUGAAACAAACUGGAGAAAUAUGGUGGAAACAUCUGAUGGGUUAGAAACCUCUGAAAAUGAGAGAGAAUCCUCAUGUAAGACUGCAGUAACAGAAAAAGCUGGUAAUGGUCAAAUUGAAAAAGCCACUAUUAAUAAACAACCACCUUUGGCUACAACUGGCACUACCUCAGCAACAAAUCAUGGAAAAGCCACACCAGGUGACAAAGAUGAGGUGAAGCCAGAUGACAAUCUGGAAUGGGCCUCACAGCAGAGUACAGAAACAGGAUCACUGGAUGGCAGCUGCCGAGAUCUUUUGAAUUCCUCCAUGACCAGUACCACCAGUACUCUUGUACCAGGAAUGCUAGAAGAGGAGGAAGAGGAGGAGGAAGAUGAUGAUGAGGAUUAUGCCCAUGAACCAAUCUCUGCAGAGGUUCAGCUUAACAGCAGAAUUGAAUCUUGGGUUUCAGAGACCCAGAGAACUAUGGAGACUCUUCAGCUUGGGAAGACCCUUAGCGGUGCUGAAGAAGACAACACAGAACAAAGCGAAGAGGAAGAAUUAGAGACUUCUGAGCAGGCUGAUCCAGUCACUGAUGGUGAGGAAUGGACAAAUGAUAAGCACGCAAGCACCGCUCAACAUAAACCCACGAUUUGCAGUUCUUUGAAUAAAGAACACACAGAUUCCAUCUAUAUGCCAUAAAAAUAAGCAGGAUCUCAGGAACUUUUUAGAAAUAAUGUUAAAACUAACUGUUGUAAAGGUUGCAGCCAUUAUUUCGUAUGC